AUGGAAUCUGACGACGAAUACGAUGAUGAACCCAUGUGGAAAGGUACUCCUGGUACAAUAAUAUUGAUAAAUAUUUUUGAAAAGUCGAAAUAUAACGCAUCGUCAAAUGCUCAAGUUGCAACUUGUCAGCUGAUAAGACAAUAUUUGCGAUCAGCGAGCUCACAUUACAUCAGCGUAUGCUUUUAUGGAACCGAAGAAUCGAAUACAUCAACAUUUGAUGUGAUACCUGUCCUACAAAUAUUCCCCUUGUCGGCUCCGUCCUUAGAAAACUAUGAGAAACUCAAAAACACCAAUAUAUGUAAUCUUGUUGAAGCUAAAGAGUUCAACUUGUCUGAUGUUUUAUGGCAUUGCAGUAAAAUGUUUAAUAGCUGUAAAAAGAAAUUGUCAUCUCGGACUGUGGUGAUGUUAACACGACUUGAUGUCCCUCCCGCUCCUUCAGAUAGAGAUCGAACACUCAACCGAGCCAUUGAUCUAGUAGACUCAAACAUCGAUAUCAAAAUCAUAAAUAUCUCAGAGACUGAAUAUGCCAUCGACAAAUAUUAUGAAAAGUUACUAAAGAUAGCGAAUAGAGGUAAUGAUUGUAUUCCACCACAACCUGUUUGGAACAUCAAGGAUAUUGAGAAAAUUGUCUUCCAGGAGACUCACAGAAACAUAGCCAUUGCAAAACUUAACUUUGAAAUAGGUGAUAAUUUUAAUAUUGGUGUCAGUGUGUACACUCUGUUGAAAAAAGCUGGUCAAAAUAAUAAGAAAAAUGUUGAUUUGGAUAGAGAAAGUAAUGCGAUAGUAACAAGUGUUACAAAUACAUUAAAAGUUUCAAAUGAUGUCAUUGAUGAAGAUAGUCAAGAUAGAUCCGAAAGGAAAGUGCCCCUGUUGAAGUCAGAACUACUACAUUAUCAAGAGUUUGGUGGAGAAAGAGUUGAAUUUACAGAUGAAGAAAUGAAGAUGAUCAAAAAUCCAUUCGGACCUCCUAUGAUGAAACUCCUUGGUUUCAAGCCAGCCAGUAUUAUUUGUAAAGAAAAGUGGUAUUUUAAAAUUGGUCAAUUCUUAUAUCCAAAUGAAAGUAUUGUAGAAGGUUCUACAAUCGCUUUCAAAGCCUUACAUAAAGCUUGCACUGACAUGAAAAUGGUAGCCCUCUGUAUUUUGUGUACUAGAGUAAAUUCUAGACCUGUAAUAGUUGCGCUGAGUCCUUGUGUGAAGCCUCUCAAUCUUAACAUUGAUAUUGGUUUUGACAUUGUUAAUAUACCAUUUGUUGAACAUGUGAGAGAACUUAAUGUAAAAGAUGAUGCUAACGAAGAUGAAAAUCUUGUGGUAGAAAUUGCACACAAGGGGUUGAUGAAGGACAUAAUAAAUAGUACUACAAUAGAUUAUCAGCCCGAUAUGUUUGAGGAUCCCAAAUUGCAAUCUAAAUACAGAGCGAUCGAGGCUCUUGCAUUAGAUGAAGACGAGACUGAACCUUUCAUAGAUACAACAAAACCUAGCAUUGAAAGAUUUCAAAACUUACCGGACGAUCUAUUCGAGGAACUAUUUGGACCCUUUACAUCUAUGACUCUGAAGAGAUCAUAUCCUAAAGUAACAUCUCAACAGACCAAGAAGCCAAAAAUUGAAAAUUUUGAUGAAGAACUCUUUAAUACUAAAUUGAAAGAAAGAAAGAUUGAAUCAUACACUGUGGCACAGUUAAAAAACAUAUUAAAAUAUAGAAAUAUUCAGAAUCUUCCAGCGUUAAAUGGUUUAAAAAAGGCUGAGCUUGUUAAUUUAGUUUACACACAUUGUGAUGAAGAAAAUUGA